UUUGAACGCAUCAGCAGACGGUCGAAGGUAAACGGUUGGCCGUUAGGUAGCGGUCCAGCUAACUUUACAGCUAACUAUGCCGGGAAAAUGUAAAUUCCAAGAGUCCUGGCUCGCAAAGGACAUUUACAAGGAAUGGCUGGUGAAGGACGGACAGGAUAUUCACUUCGCCCGCUGUCGAGCCUGUUCUAAAUCCAUCAAACUUCAGACGAUGGGCGAGGCAGCCCUUACCAGCCACGCCGGGGGAGCUGGCCACAAAGCGGCGGUCCGCAAGCUAGUGGAAGCAAGCAAACUGAUGCUGAUAAAAUCUGAUGGGCAGAUGAACGGCAGCGUGAAUCAGGCCGAUGACACCAAGGACCAAGUGGCCAUCUGCCUCCAGCAUGACUCCUUGGACAGAAUCCCCAGCAGCGACUGGUCAGAUCUGCACCACAGCCUUGUCACAAACUCAACCUCCCACAAUGUCGAGCUGCAGGACGUGACAUUUCCUGCUGCCUUCUUCACAGCACCAGGAACCUCCAGACCCCUCAGCCAGCGGCUCCAUUCAUCCAGCAGCGAGGCGGAGGACGGCAGCCACCACUCAGCUCGGCACGACUCGGUGGACCUGUCAAGACUGGAACACCAGCAGAGGACGGAGGCCUUGGAUCAGCAGCAGCAGAUGAAGAUCAUGGAGUGGGAGAACCGGAUGAAGGUUUUGGCCUGGGAGCAGGAGCUGGUGAGGGAGAAGAGGAGGGCAGCCCAGCAGAAGAAGAAGGCCUUCAGGAUGAAGAAGGCUUACUACAAGGCCAAGCUAAAGAGGAUGGGCGAGGAGGUGCUGCUGUCCUCCUCCAGCAGCAGCAGCGAUGAGGAGGAGAAAACAUCAUAUCCGACAGGUUGAUCGGCUUUAUUUGGACAUUUAAUCUGUCAUUCUUGUAUUAUUUUGCCAAUAUUCCAUGGAGCUGUCACUGUUUUUCUACACUUUUAUGACUGUUGAGGGGAAAAAAUGACUUUUCCUCUUUUUGGUUCUGUUGAUGGAGAUUGCUGUAGUGAAAAGUAAAUGACAAACUGAAGUAUUUUUUACUAAAAAGCAGAAGUAAGGUUACUUGGGUUACAGAAGUGCUGCUUUUCUUUUGAAGUGAACUUUCUCACAUAUGGCCUUACGAGAGAAUCAUUGGUCCUAAUUUUACAGGAAAGCUUUUUUAUGGACAGGAGAAUGCUGUAAAAUAUAAACAGUUUGCACAGUUUGAAGAGAUGAACUGCAUGAAACAACUGAGAUCAAAAUCAUGACUAUCACUUGCCAUUUGUCAAAAUGGCUUCAAUAUCCAGAAUUACAUGACAUUCAUUGAUUUUUAAGACGACAGUUUCUCUGAAGGUCUCUGGGAGCGUAUUUUUUGAGAAUGUUAUUUUAACAAAUGGGGCUGCACAGUGGCGUAGUGGUUAGCACUUUCGCCUUGCAGCAAGAAGGUCCCUGGUUCGCGUCCCGGCUUUCCCGGGAUCUUUCUGCAUGGAGUUUGCAUGUUCUCCCUGUGCAUGCGUGGGUUUUCUCCGGGUACUCCGGCUUCCUCCCACAGUCCAAAAACAUGCUGAGAAUUGAUUACUCUAAAUUGCCCGUAGGUGUGAAUGUGAGAGUGCUUGUUUGUCUUUGUAUGUAGCCCUGCGACAGACUGGCGACCUGUCUAGGGUGUCCCCUGCCUUCGCCUGAGUCAGCUGGGAUAGGCUCCAGCCCCCCCGCGACCCUAGUGAGGAUUAAGCGGUGUAUAGAUAAUGGAUGGAUUUUAACAAAUGUACCGAGAUUACGUAUAAUCACGACAGAUUCUUAAAUGGAAGGUGUUUUAACAGAUACUUUUGUAGCGCAACAAUUAGCCACAACAUUAAAACCACCUCCCUGAUAUUGUGUAGGUUGUCAGCACGAACUUCUGGAGGUUUACUGUGGUUUCUGGCACCAGGUCGUUGACAACAAAUCUGUCUUUUUCCAGUACAUCCCCUGAAUGCUCAAAAAAACUGGGAUCUGUGCAGUUUGAAUCCCAGGGCAACACCUUGAACGCUUAAUCCCAAGCUGUCAAAGUCUAAUCAGUACCAAAGUUUCCCAGCAGAACAUGGCGUAUUAAUGAGAUUCAAGUCAACUGUCUGUGCUUUUAUUGUUGUAGCUGGUUGGUAUAGCCGAUGUUUCUGCUUUGUAAAUAAAUGGACAAUUUGGGACAAGAUUGAGGUUUGCUUAAGACGAUGCACUACAUAUACAGUAUGUAUGUGGAUACCUGAACAUUACAGUGAUAUAUGAGUGCUGUGCAUCUCCUAACAAAUCAUUGGCUUUAAUAUGCUCUGUUUGAAAUACACUAUAUUGCCAAAAGUAUUCGCUCACCUGCCUUGACUCGCAUAUGAACGUGACAUCCCAUUCCUAAUCCAUAGGAUUCAAUGUGACGUCGGUCCACCCUUUGCAGCUAUAACAGCUUCAACUCUUCUGGGAAGGCUGUCCACAAGGUUUAGGAGUGUGUUUAUGGGAAUUUUUGACCAUUCUUCCAGAAGCGCAUUUUGUGAGGUCACACACUGAUGUUGGACGACAAGGCCUGGCUCUCAGUCUCCGCUCUAAUUCAUCCCAAAGGUGUUCUGUCGGGUUGAGGUCAGGACUCUGUGCAGGCCAGUCAAGUUCAUCCACACUAGACUCUGUCAUCCAUGUCUUUAUGGACCUUGCUUUGUGCACUGGUGCAGUCAUGUUGGAAGAGGAAGGGGCCAGCUCCAAACUGUUUCCACAAAGUUGGGAGCAUGGAAUUGUCCAAAAUGUCAAGGUAUGCUGAAGCAUUCAGAAUUCCUUUCACUGGAACUAAGGGACCAAGCCCAGCUCCUGAAAAACAAGCCCACACCAUAAUCCCCCCUCCACCAAACUUUACACUUGGCACAAUGCAGCCCGACAAGUAUGGUUCUCCUGGCAACCGCCAAACCCAGACUCGUCUAUCAGAUUGCCAGAUGGAGAAGCGCGAUUCGUCACUCCAGAGAAUGCGUCUCCACUAGAGCAGUGGAACCAACUAACGAUUACUAAAGCAUUACACAAGUAUAACUUGGUUUAUUUUCUCAUCACAUUUUAAAUUUACCGUUUUAUCUAGAGACAGUGGCUUCUAGAAUAUUUUGCUGGUUGGUUUUGUAUUCAUCAGCGAUGUUUGCGUACCUGAGGUGUGGGUAUUCACGCCGCCACUGGACUCUAGAGCAGAGUCCAGUGGCGGCAUGGUUUACACCACUGCAUCCGACACUUUGCAUAGCACUUGGUGAUGUAUGGCUUGGAUGCAGCUGCUCAGCCAUGGAAACCCAUUCCAUGAAGCUCUCUGCUGAAGCACUGUUCUUGAGCUAAUCUGAAGGCCACAUGAAGUUUGAAGGUCUGUAGCGACUGACUCUGCAGAAAGUUGGCGACCUCUUCGCACUAUGGACCUGAGCAUCCGCUGACCCCCCUCCGUCAGUUUACGUGGCCUACCACUUGGUGGCUGAGUUGCUGUUGCCCCCACACACUUCCACUUUCUUAUAAUACAGCUGACGGUUGACUGUGGAAUAUUUAGGAGCGAGGAAAUGUCACGAUUGGAUUUGUUGCACAGGUGGCAUCCUAUCACAGUUCCAUGCUGGAAUUCACUGAGCUCCUGAGAGCGACCCAUUCUUUCACAAAUGUUUGUAAAAGCAGUCUGCAUGCCUAGGUGCUUGAUUUUAUAUACCUGUGGCCAUGUAAGUGAUUGGAACACCUGAUUCUGAUUAUUUGGAUGAGUGAGCGAAUACUUUUGGCAAUACAGUGUACGACUAUAAGGAUUUUCUUCCAUUCAGCCACAGGAGCUUUGUGAUCCUGGACUGGUAUUGGAUGAUAAAACCCACUGGUGGGGCUGAGGUCAGGGCUCCAAGCAAAUCAGUCAAAGGCAGUAUUUAUGGACAGAUGUCACUGUAAGCACACAGCUGUUUUCAUGUUUUCUGUCCCAAACUGUGAUCAUAGAGAUGCCAGAAUGCUGUAUGUUGUAGUUAAAAUUUCCCUAUACUGGAAUUAAAAAUGCUACACCAUAAAUGCGCAAAAACCAUCGUGCAUCUGUGUCCACAUACUUUUGGCCUAAUGUAAAUGAAGUGCAGAUGCAGUUUGAAAUGUAGUUCAAAAAAUGGAAAAUGGAGCGCAACGGUUUCAUAUAAUAUCAAUCAAAUCUAAAAUGAAGUUCCCACCUGAUCCUCACAAAAUGAGAUGAUGCUAUAAAUAUUUUCAGAAUUAUAGGUCCAAAUCAAUUGUACAUCUGCUUCAGGUGUCCCAUUUAAAGUAAAAAAUUGUUUGGCGCAGUUUUUUUCCUAUAGCCAAAAUUUUGUAUCAGCAUGAAGCUAUAAAACACAGCUUCAUCAGCAAAAUUAUACCAGUUUAGUGUCGGUGACGUAAAGCGAUAAAAACAAGUAUGAUACCCUGUAAUGUGUUAUCUGCUUUCUGACAGUGACCAGAGAAUGCUUCAAAAGAUGAAUUAAAUUUGAAUUUUUACCUCAAUUUUGAUGAAGCUCAUCUUCUAGCCGUGAUUCCUUCUGUAUCAAUUAUUUUUUUCACAUAGGUAUAUUUCAACACAAUUUCAGAUUCUAUUGACUCAGCACUUUUACAUGUAUACAACGUGCACUUCCAUCAGAAAUAAGCUCAGUCUUAAUAUGUUGUGAAAUAGUUUUUUGAUCAUUAGCGUGUAAAAUUUAGGGGCCAUGAAGUCAAUCUGAGAAGCACAGUGAUAAAACAUCACUGUUGUUCACACUGUUGUCAGAUGCAAACAGGCCGACAGAACAAGAACCGAACACUAUCAGAGGAGAAUUUGAAAGACUCUUAAACAAGCCCUGAAUGUUGCAGAUAGGUUUGAUCAGAUUGAUUUGUUCAGCUAUUCGUAAGCUACAUUUACAAAUGCAAAAAUAUGACUGUGGGGUCCUCGACUUACGUCAGAGUUCCGUUCCUACACAUUGAUGUAUGUCGAUUUUCGCCGUAAGUCGGAACCCGGUGAAAAUGUAAACAAAGCCAUUAGGUGCAUCAAGAUAUUGAUCAGUUCUUCAUAAAAGUCAUGAAUAACAAUGACUUUCAUGAAUGUGUGAGUCAUUUUAUAAGAAGAUAACAGAAUAUGCUAUUUUUAUAACUUGAAUGCAGAUGUUUGUCAGUGUUUGUCAGUGUUCCGAGCGUUUUAUAUCUAAUUUUACUUCCAUGGUGUGUCGCCCUUAAGGCAGAAUUAUCUGACUUUUAUUUUGAAAAAGCCUUUAUUUUGAAGUUGUCUGAUGACGGUUCUCACUUCCUGUUCACUAUUUUGAUGUUUAACUUCAAACACGCUUGUGCUUUUCUGGAUGCACAGUUCUCUACUUUGUAAACUUUAGUAAUUGAUUGCAUUUUUGGACUUACUGGUUAAGUUAAAAUGAUUUAUUUACAUGUAUUUAUGUUGUUUUAUUCUGUUUUUGUUGCAGUUUUCACUCUGUAAUGUAUCAAGAGCCACAGUAAAGAAGUCAAGUUUG